CCCUCAACAUCCACCCGCCCUGACCGUCGGUCGCCUCUGCGACCUUCCUCGCGCGACCAUGGCGCCGCCGCGAGGCGCCAUUAAAUGGCCGCCCAACAUCCUCGACCACUCCCUCGAACUGACGCGCGAAUUUGACCGGCUCUGCAACAAACCCAGCAUCCAGACCAAGCAGGCUGUAUCCUAUAUCGAGUUCCUCGAGUUCGGAGCCGGUAUGCAGCGAUUGCACGAGAAACUCAUGGACAUGUACCACCCCAAUGGAAUCAUACCUGGACAGCCGACGCCCCAGGCGGCAUCGAACUACAUUGGCCAGCGGACGGACACCGGCUCGACUCAGUACCCCUGCAGCUGAAACCUCGCCAUUAUUCAGCGGGUUCUCUCAGAACACUCAGAAUAUCUUGAAGAAAGUGGGCGUGAACACUUCUAGCACGGCACCUAGGGGAAUACCACCAGUUGCGCCCGGUGACCGUUCUUCCUUCGUCGAAGUCUACUCGCCGUCCACCGAGGAGAUCAUCAAUCGCAUCAAUCGUGCCAAGACGGGAAUUCACCUCCAGCCGAUGAUUACUACAACCGCGAACAGCUUCCAACCGCCUGGGACGUUUCCUUCAAGACCUGAUUCAAGGCCAAUGCAGUAUAGGGUGGCGGACCAGAGAUUGGAGCAGCAAGGAGUGAGACAGCCAGUGCCUUCGUCGUGGGCUCCGCCACCGUCUUUGUCAUUCGGCCAGCCAGUGCCUUCGGUAUCGGCGCGAGCAGUGCCUUCGCCAUGGACGCAACCUGGAACGCAACAGCCACCUGUGCGACUUGAUGCGCAGUCAAUUACGCAGCCAGACAAUCAUCCGGCGCGAGUUUCUGUACAGUCGACUCCACGGCCCGAAAAGCAACCAGAAGUUCCACAAGCCACCCAGCCGGAGCAGCGACCAGAGGCGGCACCACAGCAACAGCCGGAGCCGAACUCAUCGACCGAGCCAGUUUUGCAAAUAAACGCGGCGAGUUCAGACCAGAAUGCGAUGGUGCGAACCUACUCAUUUGGAUCUGUUUCUACGUUGACCGACCAGGAGGUGACCCCGGAGCCCAUCUCUCCAGAGCACAGUCCGAUUGAGCCAACUCAUCCUAUGCCAAUUCAAGAGUUCCAACCGGACCCAGAGGAUGUGCAGUCAGAGCCGGAAAUUCAGUCCGUGCGCCGGCGUGAGAGACAGAAGUCAAAACCAGAACUGAAGGGGAUCCAGGCAGCCCGACGCCAGUCAUCACGUAGGACUUCAAACACACCCAGCACUUAUAACCUCAAGCUUCUCGCCGGUACUGCGCUUCACACCCCGACCAAGUACCUAGCCAAGCACAUUCCGAAUGUCACCCGCACCCCCAAAGCAGCACAAGCCCCUCUUACCGCGACCCCGGACACUUCACUGUCCCUGGCCGAAUCACGCAUCUCUUCUCGCUCUACCUCGCGCCCAGGAUCUACUAAGGGAAAAACUGCUGCACCGAAGGCCGCCACAACCAUCUCUUCGAGACCACCUCGUCGGGUUCGCGGCUUUACUGAGGCGAAAGGUCUGUUGGCAGGCGAGGCUGUCCUCAAAGCCUUCAGAGAGGCGCAGGCGCGGAUGAGGAUUAAGGGUUCCACGCGUUUAGAGAGAAUCAUCAAUGCGAUGAAUGAAGAUGAUGGACGAGCGAACGGCACGGCUCAGCUUACGCCGCCUGAGAGUGUCAGCGGCAACAAGGGGACCUCGCCACAGGACGCAAUCGCCAUCGACUCUACUCCAUCUGAGGAGAGGGAUGGCGAGUCUGCGAACAAUGCCCGAAAGCGAAAGCGGAAUUCCUCAGUCGGAUCGGCUGCCGAGGAGGUAGAAGUCCAACGAUCUACAGCAAGUAGUGGUAGGAUCGAGCUUGGCAGCCCACAAGAUUCCACAGAGGAGAACCCGCCUCAUUGGGCCAACCGGGAGCGUGCAGGCGGACGAUUCGUGUCGAAGCAGAAGGAGGUAGUCGCAAAGAAGAAGCGAAAGCAGUCAAAGGCCCGUAGUUCUACUACAGGAUCUGAUGCUCCAGCCACUCCAGCCUCUCCAACCGCUCCGAAAGCCAUUUCCAAUAGUAGAACUCGCUCCUCCGCUGUUGGCUCUGAGGCUCCGACUACUCCGGCCGCCCCAGCCGCUCCAACUACCUCCAAAGUCACAACCAGUACGAGAACUCGCUCUUCUGCUCUUGGCGCUGAGGCUCCAGCUACUCCGGCCGCUCCAGAUGCUUCCAAAGCUACUGCUAGUACGAGGGCUCGCUCUUCUGCUGUAGGCUCCGAAGCUCCGGUAACUCCCAAAGUCACUCCAAACACUAGCACUACGGAUCAGCAAGUCACCUCGCGUGGUCGGACAGUUCGUGCUUCAACCAAGGCCAAGCAGAACCAGGAAAUGAGGGAGCGAGGCGUAGUAGACGGUGACGAAUAGGCGGUUCUUCGAAUUCAAACAUGCGAUUACGACCGAGCGUGCCAUUAUACACAUGUCGUCGAGGUCCCUUGAUCGAUGACAUGAGUUUCAGCUUUGAGGGUAUGUUUCAAGCUGGGACACAAUGCAGCGGAGGAUAAAACUUGCGUGUGAUUUCUAUGGGGACGUAUAAGCAGUGGAUGAUUAAUCGGAACUUACGUGUCUUUACAUGCUACGUGUAGUGUGCAAAACGGCGGUACCGUAGCUGAUUUGCUGGGAAUGUCUAGCAUUGCAUACAUUACGAGGGUCAUUCACUUGAUCCAUCUACAUUACGUAGCGACUCAAAUUACACGAUAAAAAUUCAAAAAUAAAGAUUCAAUAAC